AUGGCAAAGAACAUCGACACUUUCGAACAACUUGCGACCCGAGUCGGACGUCCGCGGAUGAGAAGAUUUGGUCCAACACCAGCUUUGACUAUCUUCGUCGCUUACGCUCCAACAUCAAGCGACGAAGAAGAAGAAGUCGAAGCUAUCUAUAUGGACCUAGAGAAGUUCUACCGAGAAAAUCAUGUUUUCUACAAGGUCAUAAUUAGCGAUUUCAACGCCAAAGUUGGCCCAAGAAGAAUGCCGGAGGAACUUCACAUCGGGACCCAUGGCCUACAAUGGAAUGACCAAGGGGAGAAGCUCUCCGAGUUCAUCAUGACGACUAAGACCAUCCAUGGGAACUCGCAAUUCCAGAAGCCCUCCUCUCUACGCUGGACGUGGGAGUCACCCGGUGGAGGGUACCGUAAUGAAAUAGACCACAUCAUCGUCAAUAAAAGGUUCUGUCUGACGGAUGUUGCUGCUGUACCAAAGUUCUAUACGGGAUCGGACCAUCGCCUCCUCUUUGGAAAAUCUUCCUUCACAAGCAGAGAAAGCGGCCAAGUUCAGAGAGAGAAAUCCCAGGACUACCAUCAGCUGGGAUCUCUUCGCUACGCUAGCCGCCUUUUGGGAAGAUUCCGCGAUGGACAACAUCGACGAGGAAUAUGA